UCGGCAACAAUCAACAAUGGUCUGGCGGGCCAGUAGCGAGCGGUAGUCAGUGCCAACAUGAUCGCGGGUGUGCUCUCCCUCGCGUUUCUGCUCUACCAGGCGGGGAUGACCUCUUGCUCGGGCCUGGACACUGCCUGUACCGGAGACGACCAGUGCUCUACACAGUACUCCAGAUGUAACCAGGGGCGCUGCUCUUGUCUCCCUUACUACGCACAGUACAACGGCACACAGUGCUUGCAGUCGACGCUCCUCGGCUUCGAAUGCAAAGUGUCGGAGCAGUGUUCACAGAAGGUCGCCAACAGCACCUGCCUGGCGGGUGUGUGUCGCUGUGAACCGGGCUUCUUACAGUUCCGCAGACACACCUGUCUCUCCCCCGCCAAGCUGGGAGAUGUCUGUUACUCUGACACUCACUGUCGCCUCUGGGAGACAGGAUCUCAGUGCGACUUCCUGAUACCCAAGCUGUUCGGCCGCUGCGUCUGCUCCCCUCCACUCCGCCAGUCCAAACAGGGGGCGGCGUGUCUCCCUCCCGUUUGGCCCGCCCGCCCCCGCCCCUCCUCCACCACCUCCCAGCUCCAGUUGACCACGCCCUACUACAAGCGGCCCAAUAACAAGCCGUCCUCUUCAUCCCCUCUACUGCAACUGACAACGCCCACAUUGGUGCAGCGGCCAGGGAGUAAACCGGCCACGCCCCUCGUCAACACCAUCCCCGCCCACUCCAAGGGCAAACCCACGCCGCUCAAGUCGGGCGGGGCGCCUGGGCGACCCCUGCGGACCCCUGAGCCCCCCACCACCACAGGGGCCCCCGCAACGACCCCGACCUUUCCUCCGAGCACUACGUCCCUGGCCACAACCACGACCGGGAAUCCGAUCGAGAUUUCCUCAAGACCUUCACAAGUGGUCGGCUCAGGUCCAGUGCUGAGGCUAGGGGACGAAUGGGCGUCCACCGUGUCCCUGGGGAUGCCCUGCGCCACGGACCGCCAGUGUCGUGCUCGGGACCCUGCCUCGCGCUGCCUGGCCGGGGUCUGCGAUUGCGCCAUCCGUAGCAACUCUACCACCUGCAGUGCGCGCAACACCGGCUGUCACCCUGGCACCUUUCAGUGCAGGGCGACAGGACAGUGUAUCAGCUCCCACUUCGUGUGUGACGGACGAGUUGACUGCGCCGAUGGCUCGGACGAAGAAUGUGAUGGCGGGGGUGGCCAUUGCCCCCCGGGCACCUUCAAAUGCUGGCGGAGUGGAGGCGGGGGCCGGUGCUUGUCGGGGGCGGCACGCUGCGACGGCCUCCGAGACUGCCCCCACGGUGAGGACGAGGCGGCCUGCAAGGAUCUCUCCGGCUCAGGAUGCCCCGAGGGAACACUGCGGUGUGGUGAUGGUACCUGCUUGCCCUCAUACGAGUUCUGCAAUGCCCACAUCUCGUGCCCGGACGGCAGUGACGAACCGGCUUCUGCCUGCCAGUCGACCGCCCCCGGCCCGGGGCUCUGCCCCUUCCGCUGCAACAACGGCCGGUGUAGAGCGACCGCCGUCGUAUGCUCCGGGAGGGACGGCUGUGGGGAUGGAAGCGACGAAGAGCGCUGUUCCGUCUGCAGGUGUCCAGCUCUGUAACUACCAACACCUACCAAUCACCUUUGGUCUCAUCUGCAUCUGCAUCUGUAUCUACAUCUACAUCUACAUCUACAACUGCAUCUGCAUCCAUCAUUUAUUUAUUCAUAGUAUUUUAGCAAUACAUUGUAAGUGUACA